UGUCAGAGGAGCACAUCACCAACCAUACAAGUGAGAAUGAUGCAGAGAACUGCCCUGCUAUUGCUCUGCUGUCUGUUACUGUCAGUGACAUCUUCCCCAGUCUAUCCACUGAGGUUCGGUCAGAGAGCAGCUGCGAUACUGAUGACCUCCUCUAUUGAGGAUCCAAUGCAGUUGCCAGCAGAUACUUCAUCCCAAACACCAGAUGCUGAGUUUAGGUUUGGAAGACAUGCCGACGCCAUCUUUACCAAUAGCUACCGAAAAGUUCUCGGUCAAAUAUCUGCCAGAAAAUUUCUUCAAACUGUUAUGGGCAAAAGACUUGGACCAGAAACUCAAAACUAUGUGAAACGCCAGUUGGGCAUAUAUGGAGACACCUUCAAGCAAGAUGUGGAUAUGGAUGUCAUUGAGAGGGAACAAAGUUACAGAGAACCACAAAGACUUAAGUUCUCAGUAGUUACACAUUGA